CCAAAUCCCUCUUCUCCUCCAUCAGUUCUCUACAAAUCCCAUUUCAACCAGUUUGUUCGUUUUCAGUAAAGCGAAGAUCUGCGACUGAAGAUGUUGGCCAUUUUUGACGCCCAGUCGGUUCAGCCACCGCCGGAGCUUCACAGUCCGGCGUCCCAUCGCCUUCCGACGGUGAAGCCUAAGCUUCCUCGGGAAAUUCUGAACCAUUUCAUCACUUCUUCGUCUCGUUCUUGUGGAGCUCUCUCCAUGUCUUUUGAAAAUGCAGCGUUCCUUGCGUUUGAUCCAUCUGCUUCUCGAUCUACUAACCAUCAAUCGUUAUUUUGCGGGUUGGAUGAAAUGUACUGUAUGUUCAAGGGGAGCUUGAACAACUUGAGCUGCUUGAACAAGCAGUACGGGCUAUCAAAAGCUACAAACGAAGCCAUGUUUGUGAUUGAAGCUUAUCGGACCCUCCGGGACCGUGGCCCCUACCCGGCCGAUCAGGUUCUUAAAGAACUCGAAGGCAACUUCGCCUUUGUGGUUUUUGACCGCAAGGCCGGCUCUGUAUUUGCAGCUCUGGAUGCAAAUGAAGGGAUCAAUCUGUAUUGGGGCACUGCUGCUGAUGGCUCUCUCGUAAUUUCGGAUGACUUGGAGGUCAUUAAAGCUAGUUGUGCCAAGUCAUUUGCCCCAUUUCCACCUGGAUGUAUGUUCCACAGUGAAAGAGGGCUAAUGAGUUUUGAGCAUCCAACGAAGAAGAUGAAGGCAAUGCCAAGAAUUGACAGUGAGGGGGUGAUGUGUGGGGCCAACUUUAAGGUUGAUGCCCAAUCAAGGGUUCACAGUAUGCCACGUGUUGGAAGUGAAGCCAACUGGGCAACCUGGGGUUCACAUGCCUGAAUUCACAGUUCCAACUCGUUUUAUUGUUUCUUUUUACUAAUUUCUGGUUUUAAAAUUCGUAGUUUGUUUAUGUUUCGGUCUGUGUACAUAUUUCGCUUCCGGAAGGUUUAUUCAGACUUCAGAGCUAUGUGCUAAGUUUCAAUUAAUGAAAAAGGAAAAGUUUAUCACUUUA